GGAAGAAGAACAACCUGUCAUGGUUUGUCGAUUUGAUUCAUCAUCGCCUUCUACAACACACAGAGAGAAGAAAAGUACAAUUUUUGGAACCGUACCAUCGCAAUCACAGUUUUCCCCCGAAAAAUUAUGCACCGUAGUACAGUGUAGUGUGUGUGUGUGAGUUUGUCGUUCAUCCAGGGCAAAGUGUUCUUGUACGGGCGCUUACGGGAGUGCGAAAAGCGAAGGUGUAAAUUAUCGGUUCAGUCAAAAUUAGUAUUGCAUCGCGUUUCCCGAGCAGCAUAAAUUGCACGGACGGGGCUGAACGUCAAUUUGUGGUGAAGUGAAAACAAAGGAGGGUGGAAACCGAAGGAAAGAAAGAAAAAAUCACAUCCCCAAUACAACCUGCAGUGGUCCUUUUGGGUAAGGUUGAAGUGUGAAUAUCGUAUGUGCGUGCGUGUGUAUUGAGGAGGGUGAAAGUGAGCAGCACUUGGAGAAACCCGAAAACGGGAGUCCUUCCUUUCUCCCCUGCGCGGACAAAGACCCGCUGAUAACGACGGGCGUACCAUCCACACCCGAAACACUGUCUUCGGGGUCUGUUGGUGCAUGUACGUGGCGCUGUACAAAAGGAUCCUGCUAACAUCCAGGCAAUAGCAGCAGCAGCAGCAGCAGCAGGAAGAAAGUAUCCCAACGUAGUAUCCACAGCCGGAUCGCCGAGGCAAACAUGAGUCUGUUUGGAACGUCAUCUUCACUGAACGCGGAUAUAGAGAAAACGACCAGCGAAAACAAUACGACGGAAAAUUGGGGUCUAAUACUGGACAUCUGCGACCGUGUUAACAAUGGUACGGCGACAGCGAAGGAUUGUCUAAAAUGUGUAAUGAAACGAUUAAAUUCACCCAAUCCUCAUGUGGUGAUGAAAGCAAUUACGCUGCUCGAUGCGUGCGUUAAUAAUUGUGGCAAACAGUUCCAUCUGGAGGUAGCCUCUCGGGAGUUUGAGACCGAGUUUAAGAAGCUUUUGCAGAAAAGUCAGCCAAAAGUGACAACGAAGCUAAAGCUUACCCUCAAACGCUGGGCAGAGGACGUGUUCAAGUCCGACCCGCAGCUCGAUCUAAUUCCUUCGCUGUACAAAAAGCUGCGCGAGGAGGGGCACGACUUUAGCGACCCAUCGGCAACACCAAAGCGUGAAACGACGCUCAGCAAAGAUCCGAACGUCGUGUCUAGUCAGCAAGAGGAAGAUGACAUUGCGAAAGCGAUCGAACUUUCGCUGAAGGAAGUGAAGAACACGCAAUCGCCGAAGAUGAUGUCAUCGUCGUCCGGGGCGACCGCUUCGUCGCUGUAUCCUUCCGCUUUGUUAUCCACUGCACCCGUGGCAGAACCAAGGAAGGUACGCGCACUGUACGAUUUCGAAGCGGCCGAAGACAACGAGCUAACGUUCCAGGCAGGCGAAAUCAUCAUGGUCCUGGACGAUUCCGACCCAAACUGGUGGAAGGGUCAAAACCAACGCGGCGAAGGCCUGUUCCCAUCCAACUUUGUCACCGCGGAUCUGUCCGUCGAGCCCGAAUCGCUCGCAACGGCAUCCUCCGGCAAGGGUACGAAAAAGAGUGUACAAUUUUCGGAUGAAUCGAAGCUGGAAGGCGCCGGUGAUAAGGACGGGCAACAGAAGCAACUGUUACAGUCGGCUACGGUUGAAAUUAAUGAGGAAAAGAUUGACCGUUUGCUGCAUCUGAUACACGAAGCGGACCCGGAAGAUCCGUCCCAGGAUACGGACGAAAUGUUGCAGCUCGAGCAGCUCGUUAAUCAGAUGGGGCCGAUGAUUGAUGCGGAACUGGAGCGGGUCGACCGUAAGCAUGCGCAGCUGACGCAGUUGAGCAGUGAUCUGGUGGAUGCGAUUAAUUUGUACCAUAAUCUGAUGCGCGAACCGGACCGAUCGGGAAUGAUGGCGAUGUCGAUGGGUGGACCGGCUGGCGGCUAUGUGGGAGCUCCACCGCCCGGCGGGUAUGCAGGUGGUUCGAUGAAUCCGAUGUACGGUGGUAUGCCGGCCAUGUACCAGAGCCUUCCCGGUGUUGGGAUGUAUCCGAUGGUAGGUGGACCACCGUCGUUGCCGGGCUACAAUAUGGCCCACCUGCGACACGAUAUGACGCAAAUGAACGUGGGUACGGGUACGAUGCCACAGUUUCCGACGCCGGCCCAACAACCGCAGCACCCCCAUCACCAUCAGCCACAUCCGGGGCAAGGGCCCCAAAAUGGUCCCACCAGCAAUGGGAUGCUUUCGCAGGUCGCCCCGACCACUUCGAUGGCUGGCGCUAGCAAUCAACAGACCGGCGCGACCGUUGCUCCACAGACGAUGCCAAAUAUGACCGGUCCGCCGAUGCCUCAGCCGCAACAGCAGCAGCAGCAGCAGCAGCAGCACGGUGCGAUAUCGCAAGGGUUUGCGAAUCCUACGUCGCCUCCGCCUGUCUCCGGUAUGUCCGUCGGUCCUUCGUCGCACCAUCAACUGCAGCAAGGCCCACCAAACGCAAAUCAGCAUACGCUUCCCCAAAUGCGACCAUCGGGACAGCAGCCACCCGUCAGCUAUCCUAGUUACGUUCCUCAACCGCAGCAGCAGCAGCAGCAACAGCCGCCGGCAGUAUCUCAGCCCGGACAACAAACAACUGUGCCCGUGUCCGGUGGACCACCGCCUACAUCCACCCAACCGGUCCAACCGAACCUGAACCAACACCAUCCUCAUCCAAGCCAACAUAUACCGAUGAAUAUGCCGCCCGUUCACUUUCCACCCGCACCAGGACCACAGCAGCAACCGCAGCAGCAGCAGCAGCAGCAACAACAGCAACCGCAAUUCAUGCCCCAGAUGGGUCCACCACCGAUGGGAAAUUUCGGCCCAAUGAUGGGCGGUCCAAUGAACAUGUUCCCGCCCGGCGGGCCCGGCGUCGUCGGCGGUGGUGGACCGUUGUCGAUCAACACAAACCAUCACCAUCCGGGACCGCAAAACAUUCCCAUCUAUCAGCAGCAGCGGUAAGCGCACCGGGGUUCGGUCGAUCGAUCGAUCACUCUGAUCUCCAAACAAACAAAAAAUUGACCAAGUUUGGAGCUG